GUUUUAGAUGUUGACAACGUUGAUUUGGUAAUGGGAAAAGUUAUGGAUGAAGGUCCAGUUCUGGCAGUAUCAUUCCAGUCACAACAAAUCAUGUGUUUGCGUAAUAGCAAAGGAGAGAGCACAUUUUUAUACACAAAUUGUGAUCAGUGUCUCUUUAGACGUGCCAGUUCUGAAAUCUUCAAGCCAGAGGCUGUGAAGGACCAAGGUAAGGUGGUAGAAGGAGAUCCUAGUAAAGUUUUAAGGGUUCAGUAUGUAUGGGUACUUUGCCGUGACCAAACUGAAUUGGAUUCUCGUUCCGCUUGGAGGAUAUUAGAUCUCUCUGCACAGAGUACUGAACAAUUUGUUUAA